GCGAUGCCUCCGGCCUGCCCAUCACCCCGGGUACCAGGGGCUAAAUCCGGGAUUGGGAGGCGGCGGACAGCGGCCCACCCACCCCCUUCCCACUAGAGCCCCUGCCCCUCCUGCUCCAGACACCCCAUCCCCAUCCGUUACCCCAAGGGGCUCUUCUUCCCCAGCCCCUCUGCCCCCUCGCCCGGGCUGACGAGGCUGGACCGUCGGGGAGCGGGCACCAUGCCAGGCCUGUACCGCCCGUCUAACUGGACCCCGCUGCCUCUCCUGGAUUCCUGGGUCCGGGCCCGUGCCAACGGCCCGUGCCUGGGCCUCAAGGCCCGGCUCACUUACCGCAACCCGGAGCCAAAGCCCGUGGAAGGGGUCUUUGUGUACCCGCUAGCGGAGGCCGAGGUGGUGUCCGGCUUCGAGGCCGAGGUGGCCGGUGGGUCAAGAGUCUCUUUCGAGGUGCGGAGCCGCCGGCCCGAGGAGCCCUGCUGCCAGGGGUUGAGCCCAGGACUCGGCCUCCCUCGCCGCUGCCCCCAGGGACACCUGGUUCUUGACCCCGGGCAGGCCCGCUCCACGCUGGUGCUGCCCCUGGGCUUCAUCGCAGCGGAUGGGACCGUCACUGUGACCCUACGGAGCAGCCGGGAGCUGCCCACCCGGCCCGAUGGGGCACUGUGCGUGGCCUUGCCCUCUGUGCUCACCCCCCUGGCACCCCCUGGCUCCCCUGAGCCCACCAGGGCCCCUGGGCUCUGUGACGACAGCCCCACCAGCUGUUUCGGGACGGGCAGCCCCCAGGCCGAAGGGCCCGGCCCCGAGGGCCCAGCAGGCCCCAGGGAUGUGUUCUCCGGUCCCGCCCGCUGCCCGGGCCCCUACGCCUUCUCCUUCGAGAUGCUGGUCACUGGGCCGUGCCUACUAGCCGGUGUGGAGAGCCCGUCCCACGCGCUGCGAGCAGACGCCCCCCCCCGCGCCAGCUCCGCCGCCACCAUCUGCAUCACCCUGGCCGAGGCCCACCCUUGCGACCGGGGCCUGGAGAUCCUCCUGCACCCCAGCGAGCCCCACCGGCCACACUUGCUCCUGGAGGCGGGCGGGCUGAGCGCCGCCGAGUACGAGGCCCGCCUGCGGGACCGGGGGGACUUCCAACGCCUCCUCCGGGCCGACGGCCACGGCGACCGCCAGCUGUGGUUCCUUCAGCGGCGCUUCCACAAAGACAUCCUUUUUAACCCGGUGAUGGUGCUCAGCUUCUGCCCGGACCUCGGGUCGGCACCCCCGGACCCCUGCGCCGCCACCAGAGAAGUUCUCUUCCUGCUGGACCGCACCGGAGCCGCGUACAAGGACGCCCUUCUCCUGGCCGUGAAGUCUCUCCCUUCGCAGACGCUCAUCAACGUCGCGUCUUUCGGCUCCUCCGUCCAGGCCGUGUUCCCCCGCAGCCUCCCCUGCAGCGAUGACACGGUGCGGCGGGCCUGGGAUGGCAUCGAGGCGCUGCAGGCCGGGCCGGGGGACCCCGACGUGUCGGCCGCGCUGCGCUGGGGCCUGGGGCGUCCAGGACAGAGGGGUCACCCCCGCCAGCUCUUCCUGCUCACGGCCGCCGCUCCUCCCGCCGCCGCCACGCGUCGCGCCUUGGACCUCGUGCGCCAGCGAGGAGGCGAGGCCAGGUGCUUCUGCUUCGGGCUGGGCCCCGCAUGCCCCCGGCUGCUCCGCGGUCUGGCCGCUCUCACUCGGGGCCGCGCUUACUUCUUGGACCCCGGAAAGAGGCUGCAGCCCAUGCUGGUCCCGGCCCUGAGGACGGCGCUGGAGCCGGCGCUGAGCGACGUCGCCGUGGACUGGUUCGUGCCCGACGCCGUGGAGGCGCUUCUCACACCCCGACAGAUCCCCGCCUUGUACCCCGGGGACCGGCUCCUCGGAUACUGCGUCCUCUUCCGUGUGGACGGAUUCCGCCCCCGUCCAGCCCGGGCCCGGGAGCCCGCCUGGAGUAGCCCGGCCCGGAGUUGGGACGGGUCGGUGUUCCCGUCCCCGGAGGAGGAGCCCUCGGCCACCAGCCCGGGGUCGGGGCCCACGGGGGUCACCAGCACAGCGUCGACGGGGCCGUCGGGCCGAGGAGGAGGCGGCGGCGCGGGAGACUCGGAAACUGGUGAGCGUGGUUUUCGGGGGGCGGGGGUGGAGGAGCCCGAGGAGGGCCGUCCAGUCCAGUCCAGCCCGUGUGUCCCGCCAGGCACGGACGUCCCCUCGGACCCGGCCACGGACCCCGGGCUUGACCCUCCGCCGGAUCUGGCCGUCUGGCGUCGGAUCUUCCAGUCGUCUUACAUCCGGGAGCAGUACGUGCUGACCCGCUGCUCCGCCAGCCCCGAACCCAGCUCCAGCGGCGGGAGCGAGUCCUCGGGGUCUCAGGGUGCCCCGUCCCCCGAGGACCGCGCGCCCGCCGCGCCGCCGUCCCAGCAGGGCCGCCGCAGCCUGGCCCCGGGGGACACCCGCUCCUGCCCUCUGACCCUGACCCCCACCGCCCCGCCGGCCCCCGCCGCCCCGGCCUCGGCCCCGGCCCUGGGCGCGGAGGUGGCGCGGAGGCCGGAGCGGGAGGCCGGCCGGCCGCCUCAGCCGGGGAGCAGCUUCUCUCCUACCCGGGGAGAGCCGGAGCCCGCGCCCCACGGCCGCCGCCGUCGAAGGAACCGGUCCGGCGCGGGGACAGCGGAAGGCCUGGGCUCGGAACCGGGGCUGCCGUCGAGCAGCCUGGACGACUCGGAGACCCUCCUGUCUUCCGAUCCUCUGGAGUGGGACACGCUGGUGGAGCCCCCGUUCCCGCUGGCCGCGGAGGAGGAGGAGGAAGAGGCCCCGGCCGCCCCGGGCCCGCGUUGCCAUGUGGUCAUCCGGGCGCUGCAAAGCGGGCGGCCCGUCUUUUGGGAGGCGGGGGCCGGGCUGGAGGAGCUGCUGGGGCCCGGACGCCCGUCGGCCGGAGGGGACCCGUGGGACCAAGCCCUGCACCGGCUGACCGCGGCCUCGGUGGUCAGGGACAACGAACAGCUGGCCCUAAGGGGAGCAGCGGGCCGGAGCGGGGCCCACCACGGCCCCUCCAGGAAGUUCCGCCUCCGCGCCCUGCAGACCAGCAAGGCCAGCGCCGCCGCCUCUCUGUUCACCUGCCUGGUGCCCGUGGACGCCGGCACCCACGAGGCGCUGCCCGCAGGGCUGCGAGUGCGAAUCGUGGAGCCCCCGGACGAACCCGUCGCAGACUCCCCAAUCCCUGAGGCUUCGUUGGACGCCACCGAUCGCCCCAAGGGUAGUGCCCUCAGCCCCUUCCCCCCCCAAACUGGUUCUUCCCCACCGCCCCCUGGUCCUCUUCCUCCUCUUCUUCCUCCUCCUCCUCCUCCUCCUCUUCCUCCUCUUCCUCCCAGGAUCGGUUUGGGACAGCGACUCCGCGGUUGUCCGGAUGAACCGGAGCGGGCCGGGGGCCGCGGCGACCCCGACUAUCUGCCUCUGGUGCGGCAGCAGGAGUCCGGGGGCUCCUUCCGGCUGGACGGGCCGUUCUGCGCCGCCUUGCGGAUCUCCCCGGAACGGCUCCGGCGGGCCUCGCCCUUCGCCCCCCGACACCGCCACCACGACGCCACCGCCCGAGGACACGACCACCACGAUGGGAAGGGGCACGGCCCCGCCCCCACAGACUACGCCCCCUACGGGCCGGGCCCCGCCCCCAGCGCCGCAGAUCACGCCCACGACGGGAAGGACCACGCCCCCUACGGGCCGGGCCCCGCCCCUCGCACCGCAGAUCACGCCCCCUACGGGCCCCGCCAAGCCCACGCCGGCUCAGGCCCCGCCCCCAGCUUCACGGGCUACGUCCCCUACGGGCCACCCCACGCCCCCAACCCCGCAGACCCCGCCCCCUACGGGCCGGGCCACGCCUACGACGGCCGAAACCACGCCCGCGACGGCUCGGGCUCCGCCCCCAGCCCCACGGGUCACGCCCCCUACGGGCCGGGCCUUGCCUCCGGCGCCGCAGACCACGCCCCCAAGGGGCCGGGCCACGCCCCUCGCACCGCAGACGACGCUCUCUACAGGCCAGGCCACGCCCACAUCGGCUCAGGCCACGCCCCCCGCGCCGCAGACCACGCCCCCUACGGACUGGGCCACGACGGCUUGGGCUCCGCCCCCAGCUUCACGGACUACGCCCCCUACGGGCCGGGCCACGCCUCCAUCACCGCCGACCACGCCCACGACAGGAAGGGCCACGCCCCCAACACCGCAGACCACGCCCCCUAUGGGCCGGGCCACGCCCCAAGCGCCUCCGACCACACCCACGACGGGCAGGGCCACGCCCCCAACACCACAGACCACUCCCCUUACGGGCCGGGCCACGCCUCCAGCGACGCAGACCACGCCCCCUGCAGGCCACACCACGCCCAUGACGUAUCAGGCCCCGCCCCCAGCUUCGCAGACCACGCCCCCUACGGGCCGGGCCACACCUCCAGCCCCACAGACCACGCCCCCUAUAGGCCCGGCCACGCCCCCAGCGCCACAGACCACGCCCCCUCCUGGCCGGGCCACACCCCUGCUGUCCAGGAGCACGCCCCCUGCUGGCCAGGCCCCGCCCCUGCCGCCUCCAACAGCCCCGCGGCCCCCGGCGGAGCGGUCAGCGGUCCGGCCCCGGAGGAGGGGACCCCCCAGGAGGGGCCCCCCGAGGACCUGCGGGGCCGCAGCUGGGCCACCGCGGUGGCCCUGUCCUGGCUGGAGCACCGCUGUGCGGCGGCCUUGGGCGAGUGGGAGCUGGCGGCGGCCAAGGCGGACGGGUGGCUGCGGGCCCAGCGCCUCCCCGACGGGCUGGGCCCGGCCGCCCUCAAGGCGGCCGCCCGCAGCCUCUUCCUGCUCCUGCGCCGCCGGGACCCGAACCUCCGGCCGCCCCCGCUCGGCUCCAGUCCCGCCGACGGGGGGCCGAUUCCGGGGGACCUCGAGCCCCGAGAGUCCAGCCCCCUCCGUCCUCCUGAAACCCACCGCCCACCUUCUCCCUCUUCAGCCUCGUCCAAUCACACCACCGGUGGCUUUUAUUGAGCACUCACCGCGUGCGGAGCGCCGGACGGGAGUCCGGCGGAUCGCAGAAAGGGCCUGGCUCCCCCCCUCCCGCCCGAGCUCGCGCUCUCGUCCACCCCGCCCUCUC